AUGUUGGUGUUCUUCAGGGAGGAAUGGGAGGUGGAGGGCUUACAGACCUUUGGCGUUCUGUUAGUGUUUUGCAGCUCUCUCAGGCUCUUGCUUUUUUUGGGAAUACUUGACUUUUCUGAUAAAGGUAACACUCCAAGCCAAAGCAAAAAAAGCAUUAAAGAGUGUUUCCUCAUGCUGCUGCCCUGCUGUGGGCCCAGUGCCCCUCCCUCAGUCAGUGAAUGCAACAUCGAGGAUGAUUUUGAGCUUUCUACAGUGUGUCAUCGGCCAGAGGGGCUGGAGAAGCUGCAGGAGCAAACCAAGUUCACCAGGAAGGAACUCAAAGUGCUUUACAGAGGCUUUAAAAAUGAAUGUCCCAGUGGUGUUGUGAAUGAAGAAACCUUUAAAGUAAUUUACUCCCAGUUCUUCCCACAAGGAGAUUCAAGUGUGUAUGCACAUUUCUUAUUUGAAGCAUUUGACACUAACAAAAAUGGAUCAGUAAGUUUUGAGGACUUUGUCAUUGGUCUGUCCAUCAUCCUCAGGGGGACAAUAAAUGAUCGUCUCAACUGGGCGUUCAACCUUUACGAUCUCAAUAAAGAUGGGUGCAUUACCAAAGAGGAGAUGUUAGACAUCAUGAAGUCAAUCUAUGACAUGAUGGGUAAAUACACAUACCCCUGUAUUCAAGAGGAUGCUCCCAGAGAACAUGUUGAGAGCUUCUUUCAGAAAAUGGACCGUAACAAUGACGGUGUGGUCACCAUUGAUGAGUUUAUUGAAUCAUGCCAAAAGGAUGAAAAUAUCAUGCAGUCCAUGCAACUUUUUGACAACGUCAUUUAGGUACAUGUUCUAAAAGAGAGGAGACCAAGGACCAGAGAGAAAUUACAAAAACUUUAGAACUGGUCAGCCAGAGGCUUCCUCCUUUUUCCUUUCUAUACAGCCAGAGGACAUUAUGUUUGUUUCUUUUUCCCAGAGACAUACUAAAAGAUGAUGCAUCAAACUGGCUUUUAGAUCUACUCUUGUUUAUCUUACAUUACAUGCUGGAACUGAGCUGGACUAGAGACAACCACAACAUCAGUCUGACAUUAUACAGAAAUUUGGAGGAACGUUCGCUACCAUGAAGGUAUAUGGUACCAUGAAUGGAUAAACGUUAUGAACAACUGGACAUUUCCCCAAUAUCAGACUGAUUUUUAUUACCGCAUGAUGUCACAAAUAACCAACACAAUAUAAUCUAUUACCUGAGCUAGUCCAAAGCCUGUCUGUUGUCGGUCUGCCAUCCAUGUGUGCCUCGUUCGGAUUGUGUGCUACUGUUUUGUGCCAUUACUAAGAAAAC